AUUACAUGAGGUACAUUAUUCAAAUCAGCCAUAUAUUGAUCCAAAUUUUGCAUCAACAGUCAGCAAAAAGUUAGUAAACAGUACCGAUUAAUAGUUGAUCGACGAUUUAACAAGCUCUCAUCAUUGUUAAUGUCUCCUUUUCUCGUCGUCUCUCCCAUUCUCUUUAUGGCGUCGCCGGAAAAUAAUAUCUAGAUCUUAUGAUUUCUAUGUAUUUUUAUGAACUUGUCCCAAGCACUAGUACUCAUUCUUUUCAUAAUUCCCUUCGUUCUAAUACAUCUCUAAUACACAAAUUAAUGACACAAAAAAAGGAAGAAAAAAGAAAGAAGAAAAGAAAAUAGCGAUAUAUAAUCCUUCGUUCUAUAGCGCUAGAAUUUACACCAGAGGUGAACAAGUGUGAAUCCAGUCGGCCAUGAAGCAGUGAGCUGGAGAGAAAGCAAGGGCGAGCUUACACUUUGCACAAAACCACAGAGCCAGACAAAUCAGCAACCAUCAUAAAUAGGCCCAUCCAGUUUCUCUCUCUCAUCACAACAAGAAGAAUAAAAAAACUACUACUCUCCCUUCUCCAGUUCUCCUUGAUCUCCUUUCCCUUCUUCUGAAACCCAUCCCCUCGUCCUCCUCUCCUACGUCCCUCCAUCUAUCCAUCAUGGCAAUGUAUGGUGGAUCCAACAAGAACUGCUUGUUCCUUCACCACCACCACGACAUUUCUAUCCCCCUUUACAUCCACUUGUCCUGCAGCACCAUCGACGACUCCCCAGCCGCUGCCCCGACCAGCAACGACGGCACCGGCGCCGGCGCCGGCGAGCACAAGUUCAACUUCAAUGACCAGCCUGACGACUUUCUCAUGUACAUCUACAAGGUGAAGCGUUGCUCCAAGACCAAGAGCCACGACUGGACCGAGUGCCCCUACGCCCACCAUGGCGAGAAGGCGCGGCGCCGCGACCCCAAUAGGUAUCCAUACAGCGGCAUCGCCUGCCGGGAGUUCCGGCAGAAGGGGGAGUGCCCGCGGGGCCACAACUGCGAGUACGCCCACGGCGUCUUCGAGUUCUGGCUCCACCCCACCCGCUACCGCACCCGGGUGUGCGACGCCGGCGACGCCUGCACCCGCCGCGUCUGCUUCUUCGCUCACACCCCCGAGCAGCUCCGCCCGGUUGUCAUCCGCGACUGCUUCCGCUGCGGGAUCGGCGGCUGCGUAGCCAAAUCCAGCUGGAGAGGGAUGCCGGCGAUGGCUGCGGUGGCCGCUGCUGCCGCCUGUUCUUCUUUUCAUGCUGGUAUGAAUGAAGUGAAUGGAAAUGAUUUAGUGGGUGGGGAUGGAGAGUGGUUUGAUUUCCCCCAUCUUGAUUGGGUUGAGGAGUUGCUGACUGAGAAGGGAGAGGGUGAGGUGGGUCUUGGUGUUGAUUGGGGUGUCAAGUUAUGAAGGAUUCAUGGAAGAGAUGAUGACAGUAGUGAGGUUGGUGAGUCAAUUUCUGUGCAAGUUUGUAUGCAUAUAAUGCUAAGAGAUAAGUUGUAAGAAGGUGAGCUGGAAUAAGGUCAUGGGUGUGUCAGCCUGUUUCUAGAAACGUAGAAUAAGGUACAUUUGACGCCUAUGUCCCUAGGGAAGUACGUACUAGGGGCUGCAGUUUGUGAUGUCUAAGGACUGGGAAGUUCUGUAAUGAUUAAUUGUUUGUUUAUAUUAUAUGUAUGAUAUUUGCUCAUGAUAUUCUCUCGUCUCCUCUUUUGGGUGACUACCGGUU